AUGCUUGGGGAUCAUCACUCGUGCAUUCAAUAUUGGCCAGACGUCCCCACGAAGUGCAGUAGUCUUGGGUUGCCGGCAGAUCUGCGCAGUCAUUGUUUUCCUAAAAAGCAGGACGUGAUGAACUCGGCGAUCACCUUGAGGCUUCGGGAGUUGCAAAGGACUUCCAGCCUGUUGCUCUUUGAGUACAGGAACCUCUUCUGUCACGGGGACAUUUGCAUGCCCUUCAUUCCUGGCAGCAACGUCAUGGCGUACCAGGAUUCCCAUCACUUGACGGCAGCUGGCUCCCUGUACGUGGCGCCCUUCCUCUGCGAGUUCUUGAAGAAGCAUGGGUUCCUUCAGAACGACAGCGGUAUACAGUAG